UCUCUCUUCAUUUCAACUUGGUCAUUUCCUUUGUACUAACCCAACUUUUCUCCCACCAACACACGCCACUCGUAUCUUCCUUCUUCCUCUUCUUAUUCUUCUUCUUCUUCUUGUUCUUCUUCUUCUUCCAUUUCUUAGUCUUCCUUCUUCCUUUUAUUUUUCCUUCUUUCAAAUCUGUAACUUAAUUGGUAUCAAAGCUAAGCUUCACUUCAUGUGAGGCGCUCAACUUCUCACACAAGCUCGAUCUUCCAAAAGCAAAUCAAGAUAUGCAAUCAACAACCUCGCUAAUGAAGCCCUAGCUAAAGCCGAAAAAGAGAUCAAACUCGAUCUUUAAGACUUCAUGAAAAUGAAAUGAAUAUUAAGAAACAAUGUCAUAAUUUAGAAACACACAUUUUAGCUCUGAUGGGUUGGGUGGUGUAGCAGAGGACUUUUAUACAUUUGUUUUUUUAAAUUGUAGUUUUGUAUUUUUCAGAAUGUUGCGACGAAGAUUUAGAAUUUGGUUGGUGUUACCCUUGGACCUAAGGGAAAAAUAAUGUUUUUCUUGAGAGCAUAUAUGGUUCACUGAAAAUUGUUAAUGUUGGUGUCAGUUUUUCCAAAGAGAAGUGUGUAUGCUAGAACCAGCUUUACCAUUUUGGGAUAUUGUUUUAUUAUUUAGAAUUAGACUAAUUUGUACGAGGUUAGGGCCUGAGAUUUUACUUGAAUUAUUUUUUUGGUUAAUUGUUUUAUCGGGUGUUUGUGUUGAUGUUUUGAUUUCAUUUGACUUGAAUAAAUGUCUUUGUUUUGAUGUUUUGUUUUCAUUUGAGUUGGAGGAUCUAGUUGAGAAUAUUGGUGCUAGAUUGGUAAGAUAGACAUCUGCCAAGAUAGUUGACUUGGUCUGUGAUGGAACCACUACAUUUGUUGUUUUGGUUCAGGGACUUAUUGCAUUAGGUGUCAAGGUUGUUGCAGCUGGUACAAAACGCGUUCUCAACAUUUGACUGUUUGUCAAAUACUUUAAGUUACUUCUACAUCUCUCUUUAUACUAUUUACUUGCUACAAAUUGAUGAAUCUAAGUUUUUAUGUAAAUUUAAAGUUCAUAUUGAUGUUUAGCACGAGGGUCAUGUUUGUUCAUUCUUGUUUUGGGACAAACAAUGUGUUCCAAAUUUGGGAUUGACCGUUGCAGAAUUGAUGUUGAGUACAAGGGUAAUGUGGUUUUUUUCAAUAUUCAUUCUAUGUAUUCCAAUGAAGCAAUUCAUUUGAAUUUUCUAUUUGAGAAAGAAUUUUCAAAUUAAGUCCAUAUAUUUUGUUGUUAAACAAAUUUGUUUUUAUUCUAUCUUUGAGUAUUGCUUUAUUUAUUUUUCAUCUGACAUGGUUUCUUUUCAUUUAAUUUUUUGGCUGACCUUUUCUCAAGGGUUGCUUCUCAACCAAAUAACGAGUUCUCAGCUACGGAAAUACACUACAACUUGCUUAUGUACUGGCCUUGUCAGGUUGUCUCUUUCCUAUGCUUUUACUUUGACAGGAGCACAUAUAUGUUAGACUAUAUGGUUUUCCAUCUUAUCAAACUACAUUAUCUCUUUUGAAAUAACCAAGCAAUUCAUUCACAUACCAGCUGAGCUGCUAGCCAUUGUGGAGGAUAACCAACCGCCAUCUUCAUGGCCCGCUUUAAUUAACUUUAAUAUCAACUUAAGGUUUAAAUUUAUUUUAAAAGCAUUAGUUGUCUCUAUCAAAUUUUCUAACCACAUUUUUGCUUUUCACAUGUUAUGUAUAUCUGUCAUUUUAAUUUGUUUUAACUAUAACACAAAUUGACUAUUUUAGCGUCAUUGUAGAUUUUGGUUUUUGUGAAUCAUUUUAUGUAUUGAUUGUAUGUUUUCUGUGAAUCAUUUUAUGUAAAUGAUUGUUUAUGAUUUUUGUUUUUGAGUUUUUGUUGUGUAGUUUGAUCAUGGAAUUAUCAAUAGGUGGACUAUUAACACUAAAUACUAUACUUCUGAUGUUACUGUUUGGAUGAAACAUCUUCAUGACAAGUUUUUUGUCAAAAAUAUUUUUGGAUUUGAUCAAAUGACUGCUUUGUGCUUCAUCACUUCUACUUGCUGCAUUUGCGUCUGCUAUUGUACAAAUCUUUUAUUUUAAUACUUUCAUUUUUCUGUCAAAUGCAGUUGUAAUCUAAUACCUCAAGUUAUCGAUAUAUUUUACUUUGUCAUAUAUAUAAAUAACCUUUAAUUAAAAUAUUUUUCUUUUCUUCAAUCUUAUCUCAAUACCUAUUCAAUUUCAUAUUGAUGUAGCUGUGCAUAGUUUCAGUCAUGACAAGACAUAUGCUUUUCUUUCUCGUGAUCCUACAGUAUGAGCAAAGACAUAUGCUUUACUCACAUGUCUGGUUACUGUUUACCUGUGACAAGACAAGACAUAUGUUUUACUCACAUGAUUGAUUACUGUUGACCCGUGAAUAAUGGACGUUUGUGGUGUCCUAUGUCCACUAAUAAAUACAAGUCUCACUUAUACUUCCUUCUUUCAUUUCCCAAUAGCAAAAAAUUCAAUACCAGUAACACUUAUUUUUCAUCCUCUUCUUACAACUAGUCUCAUAAUUCAUAUAUGGAAUUAAGUGGAAUUCUUCUUCACACAUCAAUGAUUUACUCUUUUUCAAUUGCUAAAAUAUCUCCACAAUCAUUUGUCGAAAUUGAUCAUUCUUUUCUUAGUCAUUAUGAAAAUAACAUAACAAAAAUAUGAACCAUAUUGAACAACCAAGGUAUCCAUCAUGUCAUCAUCUAUAACAAAGAUCAAGAUCAUCCACUUAUAAUCAGUGGAUGGAAAUAUAUUGAGGCUUUCUACAAUUUAUUAGCUGAUGUUGUUGUUGAAGUCGAAUAUUAUGGUAACAACAAUUUCAAAAUAAACAGUUUUAAACAAUUGUUUCAUCUUGAACAAUUACCCCGUUUUCACAUUAGAUAUCUCUACCACAAAAAGAUAUAUUCAUUUGAAAUUACUCUGACCCCUAUUAGCAAGGUCGUCUUUGAGGGUGCGAAAGACGAACUACCGCAUAGAACCUCAAAGUUUUUAAGGUUAAACUAUAGAUAAAUAGGGCCUCAUAAAUUAUUCGUUAGGUUAAAUCUUGAUUAAAUAAAGUUUCUAUUUAUUUUGCUAUAGAUAAAUUAUAGCUAACGUACACAACGCCUCCAAAAACUUGAGACGUCUCUGCCUAUUAGUGUGACACUACCAAAAUUAAUUGAAUUUCUUUAUUUAUUUUUUCAAUAAAUCUAUUAUUAACUUUUUCCCCUAACUUGAGGAAACUAAUUCCACGUUUAUUUUAUAUAGAAAUUGCAGGUAGACUUAACAACAAUAUCAAAAAAUUAUGACUAUCAAUUCCUUAUGUUCUGUGGUGAUAACAUAAAGACAAAAAUACUUACAGUGUGAAUCCAACAUUGAAGAUGCAUAUCACACUGAAUUAGCAUACGAAUUUAGUGAUAUUUGUGAAUCCAAUUUGUUCAAAUAUAAUGCCAAUAUUUGAUUUAAAUUUGAUUUAAACACAUGCUAAUUAUCUAUUUUAAAAAUAAAAUACUCUUUUAAUAAUCAAUAUUAAUUUUCUUUCUUUUCAUUCCUAUUAUAUUAAAAUUAAACACGUGUGUGUAACACACAUGUAACUUUAUAUAAACAAAUUUCGAUGGUGAUAACUUUUCUAUCCAUCACAAAAAGUUGGGUAAUGCACAUUCAACCAAUCAUAUAACACUAUUUAAUUGUAUCAUCUUUAAUUAUUUAUUAAAUAAUACACUUUUUAAUUGUUUUCAAUGUAUUUUACAUUAAAGAGGUAACUCUACCCAAUUUUUUGUGUUGGAGGAUAAGAAUUCACCAAUCUCGAAUAUAUGAUCCGCUUCUCCUUUUCUUUCUCUCUUGCUCUAUGUUCUGCGCCAAUUUCCACCAUUGAUUUUCUUCAAUUCAAUUUUCUUAAUUUUAUUCUAUUUCUCUGAAAUCUCUUGGCCGUUGGAUUAGAGUCAGGACGUAUGGUAAAAUAUAAAACGCAGGAGACGAUAGAAGCUCCUCAAAUAUCAUAAAGGCAGGAGUUUUGAGCAAGAGCAAACUUGGAACUGUCACUCACUAGUCUGCCCAUGGAGGUCUCAGUCUCAGACGACGACGAUCUCGUUAUCCUCGUUUGCACUAACCCUAACGAACCAAUUCAAACAACAAACCUCAUCAACCAAGAGAUUCUCCUUUCAACCACCGAUAUCCUCGAUUCCGAUUUAACCUCAUUUCUCACUUUUCAUACUAUCAAAAUUCAGACACAUCGCAACAGACUCAUUGAGCAAUCGUUGUAUUUUCGAGGCCUCCUCAGCGGAAGCUUCAGUGAAUCAUGCUCGGGCUCUAUCACUAUCAACUGGAAUCUGUUUGUGUUUAUGCAAAUUCUUAAGCAUAUGUCUGGCUUUCCAUUGGAUAUUACUACCGAAAAUAUCCUCCCUCUUUACGAGGGUGCACUUUAUUUUGGAGUGGAGACACUUCUCUUAAAGUGUGAGACUUGGUUUUCUGAGGUAUUCUCGCCGGAAGGAUUUCAAUUAAUGCAGAUACAAAUGGAGGAUUUGAUUCAAAUUUGGAAAUUUAGCUUGGAUCAUGCUAGUGAUUUCAUUCUUCACUUGUGUAUCGGCUACCUAGCAAGAAAUUUUAUGUGGGCAAAGCAGAACAAUUUGUUUGGAAAAAUUCCAUAUAACUUGCUGUUAUCUUCAGUAAAGCAUCCUCAUUUGACCGUUGACAGUGAGAUGCAUCUUUCUGAUGCACUUCUUCUUUGGCUUGAAAGUAACAUGGAAAAUUUGGAGAUGCGGAAUGAAGCAGAAGACAACUAUAAUGCAAUUUUAAAACAAAUUCGUGUGGACCUUUUGCCUUUGUGGUUUGCUGCAGGAAAAAGAAAUUCUUUUUAUUUUAGGCAGCUGGCUGAGGAAAGCCUUGGUUCAAUUUUCAGAGCACUGAAUAUUCUACCUAUAGGUUACCUUGAUAUUUCCAGAUAUAGUGACUUGCAACAUCUCAGGAUUCGAGUUACAGAAUAUUCAAAGAAAAUAGACCUUUCCAGUUGUCCGCAAUUAACAUCUGCAAUACUGCUUCUAUCACUCAUACCUGUACCGUAUUUCACGGAUCCCAUGCAAAGGAAGACUAUAGAACAGUUCUUUAUUAGUUCUGGACAUCCUAGAAGAGAGAAUUAUGAAUUCCCACAAAAACUGUUAGAUACCUUUAUCUUUGAAGCAGUUCAGGAGGUGGAUAUCUCAAAGUGUCGAAGACUGCUUAUUGAACAUGCUGUUGAUUACUUCAGCCAGUCCUUUCCUUCCUUAAAAAUAUUAAAAGCAAGUUAUCUAUUAAAUAUCAGGACUACCGGUUUCCUUCAGUUAUUAAAGAAAUGCUCUUUGGUCAGCGAAAUUGACUUGACUGUUGAUAUUACUCCUCUUAUUCCAACAUCUGUUACAGUUUUAUUCUCUAGUCCUGCUGUGAUACCACUGGUACCAGAGAAGACCUCAAGUCUUAAAUAUAAACCAGUGGAAACCAUGUCAUUUCAUGAAUCUAGACCUAUUAUUUCUUAUGUUACGAAACUCACAUUGGAAGGAAGAACUGAUGUCGAUGACUUGAGUCUCCGGUAUAUCUCCAAAUUCUGCGUUUCAUUGUGUCACUUGAAUAUUAAAGGAUGUAUUUAUGUCACUGAUAUUGGCAUAUCAGAUCUCAUAGGCAGAUGUAAAAAUCUUAAUUCGAUUGUGGUAUGUGAUACUUCAUUUGGGAUAAAUUCAGUUCAAGCUCUUUGCCCAGCUAUUUCUGAUGGUGGCAACUUUCCCUCUUUACACUCUAGAGACGACCAUUUGAAUUCUGUGGCGUAUAAUCUUCAAUCUCUGCAUAUGGGUGGAUGCAUAGGUAUUUCUGAGUUAUCUCUGCAAGAGCUUAUGUCUCAAACACAAGUUUUGAAGAGUCUAUGCCUGAGUGGGACAUACCUGGUUGACCAAGCAUUAUAUAAUUUCAAAGGCUCUUCCUUGGAGAUGCUUGAUGUGUCAGACACCAAGAUUUCUGAAGCUGCAUUAAGUUAUGUUAUUCAUGGAAAUCCAAAUUUGAAGAGUCUGAAAGCAAGAGGUUGUCAAAAUUUGUUAAAAGGAGAUAGUUCUAUUGAAAAGAGAGAAUCUGGCUUUUCCUCCUUGCAUGAAGAACUACAUGCUGAGCUAGGAAAGAAGUGUAGAUUGGAAGAACUUGAAUUUGGCUGGGGUUUUUCUUCCUUCUCUCUCAGUGCUUUGGAACCUGCACUGACAUCAUUAAAGACCAUCAGUGUAGGUUUAGGGGGAAUGCUAGGUGAAGAUGCACUGAGACAGCUACCAGAAAUCUGUCCCCUGCUAGAAACAAUAAUCCUUCAUUUUCAGGUAAUAUCUGAUAUUAUCGUGACGAAAUUGAUUAUGACCUUGGUGAAGUUACAAGUAUUAGCUCUGUGCUAUUGUUUUGGUGAUAUAUCCAUGUCAAGCUUCAAAUUCCCUAUGCAAAAUCUAAGAAAGUUGAGGCUUGAAAGAGUUACCCCAUGGAUGACCAAUGAUGAUCUGGUUAUUUUAUCUCAAAACUGUAGAAAUUUGGUAGAGCUUUCAUUGCUUGGUUGCCCUCUUCUUAACUCAGAUUCUCAACAGAUAAUUUCACGUGCAUGGCCAGGCUUGGUCACUAUACAUCUAGAGGAAUGUGGAGAAAUAACAGCAAAUGGGGUCUCGGCUCUUCUUGACUGCAGAGCUCUUGAAGAUCUUCUGUUGCGUCAUAAUGGUCCUGGGCUACAAAGAAACUUCAUUUUUCAUGCCGCUUCAGAGAUGCCAUUGCUUCGAAAAUUGUCACUGGAUAUAUGUGAUGCAAGUGAAGGUGAUUUUGACAUUCCAAAUUAUGCAGAUAGAUGCUUUUUGAGUACCUUGAAGAUAGCAAGAUGCAAAUCUCAAAGAUGCGCAUUUCAUCUCCCAGUCCCUUCCUCAGGAAGUAGCAGACGAUCAGUGCAUGUAGAAACUCUCGUGCUUGUGUGGAACAGCAAAAAUCUCACCAGAACAGUGGUGAAGGAAAGGCUUUAGUAGAUGCUAAUUUAUCUGAGCAUUAAUGAGCUAACCCAAUAUGAUAUUUGAAAAGGCAUAUACUUGACUUUUCAAUCAAUACGAUAUUUGGAAGGUGAAUUCAUAUCUACCCAACUCAAAAAUUUGGGUAAGAUUACUUCGUGUAAAAUGCUUUGAAAACAACAAAUAAUUUAAAAACCUUAUACAAUGCUCUGGUGUUUUUUAA